AUGGAGGACACAGGAGUGAUACUGCCGGUGUACGUCACAACAUUCAUCUUGGGGCUUCCAGCCAACAUCGUGGCGCUCUACGCCUUCAUCAGGAAGGCGCGACAGGGUGCGGCUCCCGUUGACGUCCUGCUGAUCGGACUCACCACCUCCGACCUUCUCUUCCUGAUCUUCCUUCCUCUCUGGAUGAAGGCCGUUGUUGACAACAUGAAGUGGGAGAUGGCUCAUUUCCUGUGUCCUCUGGCAGGCCUCAUCUUCUAUGGAACCAUGUACAACAGCAGCUUUCCGUCCCUGGCCAUAAGUGUUGAGCGCUACCUUGCGGUUGCCUUCCCUGUCAAAUAUAAAUUAAACAGAAAGCCGUGCUAUGCUGUGGUGGGUAGCAUCAUCAUAUGGACCAUCUCCAUGGCAGAGUGCAGCAUUGUGUACUUCAUGCACUAUUAUGACAACAGCCAUGUCCAUGUCGGUGGACAUGUCCAUGACCAUAUCGAUGACCACGUCCAUGACCACGAACACGACCACAACACGACCGAAGUCGAGGACUGCACAUACUGCUUUGAUAACUUCAACUCAGAACAGCUGAAAGUUCUUCUGCCGUUUCGCUUGCAGGUGUGUGUCGUCCUGUUCUGUGUGCCUCUCGUCAUCUGCUGCUUCUGCUACAUCAACUUCAUCCGCAUCCUCUCCCGCCUGCCCAACAUCUGCACCAAACGGCGUCGCAGAGCCAUCGGCCUGGCCCUCGGCACCAUGGUGAUCUUUGCGGUCUGCUAUGGACCCCACAACGUGUCGCACGUGGUGGGCUUCAUCACUGGCGAGAGUCCUGGGUGGCGCAAGCACGCUGUGCUCACCAGCACCUUCAACACCUGCCUGAACCCCUUCAUCUACUACUUCUCCUCAUCUGCAUUCAGGGCCACCUUCAGGGGCAUGUUCCACCGGCUGUCGGCACGCCUGCCCAGACGUGAGUAUCAGGGCACUGUCAAGCGGCCAGCAGUGGAGCUAGAGGAGGAUACUCGCACACAGAGCACCAACGAUAACCUGGGUUAA